GACCAGUAUAAAAGGCAUGGCAGCUUUUCACUCUCUCAUCCACUUCACUGCCCUUCUUCUCCUUUGGAAGCAAGUGCACCUGUGACCCCGAGCCAUGUCCUGCUUCCAGCCCUGUAACCCUUGCUACCAGCCCUGCGGCCCCUGCCCGCUGGCCAACAGCUGCAAUGAGUGCUGUGUCAGGCAGUGCCAGAGCUCCACCGUCGUCAUUGAACCCUCACCUGUGGUGGUGACGCUGCCCGGGCCCAUCCUCAGCUCCUUCCCCCAGAACACCGUGGUGGGAUCCUCCACCUCGGCUGCCGUUGGCAGUGCUCUCAGCUGCAAUGGAGUGCCCAUCAACUCUGGCGGCUUUGACCUCUCCUGCAUCACCAACCGCUACUGCAACAGGAUCUGCUAAAGCUGCUGGUGGCAGCCCCACAGAAGGACCCCCUGGAACCCAGAAGAUGGAAAUGGACUGAGCAUGGAGAUCCUGAGCCUUGCUUUCAGAGGCACUGAGCAUCCAUGGCUCCACCUGCACUGGAGGAGGGGUGCCUGGGCUCUCUGAAACCAUGGCCCUUGUCUAACUUGCCUGUUUCCCCCCUGUUCAUUCUUGUCUCUGCUCUCAUGUCCUUCCCUGGGCUGUGAUCACUGGCUAAGCUCCAUCCAAGGUGUGAACUGCACCCUGGCCAAGGGACGGAGUCUCCUACCUCCCCCUGGUGCUCCCUGCACCACACUGCCCACUCAGAGGACCUCCUUUCCCUCUUCCAACUCAUUAAAGUUUUGCUGCAUCCUA